AUGAAGUGUAUGGAUCAGCUUCCCUCUGUAACAACAUGCUGCUUCUGCUGUUUCCUCAGGGCGGGAUGUGUUAUGAUUGCUGUGAUAUCAUUUACGGCAGGCGUGAUCCUGGCUCCGAACGUGAGCUACACGUAUACACAAUCGCAGUUGCUGUUGCCGGAACCGGUGACGAACACUGAGGGGAUAGCGCAAGUGUUACUCGGUCUUGUUUCUAUCCUGCUCUGUGCGUGCAGCUUCCUGCUCUUCGUGGGGUCUUUCUGUAACGUCCCAAUACUAAUAGAGAUAUAUCUGUGGGGAGAACUGAUCUACGGGACAUCUACCACUAUCAUCUACAUCAUUCUGGCGUGCUUCUGUUUCCUAGUGCACUCCAAUAGCGCAACGGCUGGCGCUUGGCUCAUAUUGCUUAUCUUUGUCAACUUUUUCUUGACCUGUUACUUCUUGAUCGUGGCCAAUAGCUUGAGAAUGUCUCUACUGUUCCUGCAUAGCACCGAGGUGAUAUACUAGUAUUAUUUGAAGUGACGUUCUAUUGUUCGAAGCGACGUUCUAUUGUUUGAAGCGAUGUUCUAUGGUUCGAAGCGACGUUCUAUUGUUUGAAGCGGCGUUCUAUCGAUCGAACUGGCGUUCUGCUUUUCGGAGCGUCGUUCUAUCGUUCGAAAUGGAUGUUUAAUCAUUCAAAGGAUGACUUAUAAUUUAGAAGUGUAUAUUUUAUGUCUUGUAAUGUAA